AGAGUCUUCAGAAGCUAAUUGACUAGGGUAGGAUCAGGAAGCCAAAGCACAGCCGGAGAAGGGAGGCAUCUACAAUGGAAGAACAGAAGGAAAAUGAGCUAGAUUACGAGUCAGAAAAAAUGGAAAUCUUAAGAUUGGCCCAAUCAAAGAAGAACAUCAUCAGUUUGAACAUGGACCUUGAAAGGGAUAUGCAGAGAAUAGAUGAAGCCAACCAAGAGCUUCUUCUCAAAAUACAAGAAAAAGAAAGUGAAAUCCAGAGGUUGGAAAGUGAGGUCACCCAGACUGGAGACCCUGCAGAAGAUGAGGAUUGGGAGAAGGAAAACUGUGCUGUGAUGGAGAGAGAAAGGGCUCUGCUGGAGCUGGAGGAAGAAACAACCAGACUUGAGAAGAAGAACGAGGCUCUGGUCCACAGUAUCUCAGAACUUCAGAGAAAGCUUACAAGGAAAUCACAAAAGAUAGUCAGAUGUGAACAAGGUGAUCUGGAUAUAACUCCAGAAGAGUCAAAGGUUAAGUUACAACAGUUGGAAUCUUGCUGUGCGGACCAAGAAAAGGAGCUUGCCAAGAUAAUGGAAGACUAUGUGUUUGUGUCUCAGCUCUGCAAAGAUCAAACUCUCUGCAUAAAGAAGUACCAGGAAGCAUUGAAGAGGAUAGAAGAAGAGCUGGAGACUGGAUUCCUUGAAAGAGAAGUAUCAAAAGUCUUAAGCAUGGAUUCUGAGAGAAAAAAGAACAACAGCCUAAAUAAUAAGGAUGAUUCCAUCACCAAAAAGGCAUCAAGGUUCAGUAAAAGGAUUUUUCGCUCCCUCUUUUUUACCACACUAUUUUUCAUCAGAUUGCUGGGGUACCUGAUCUUCCAUUUAAGCUUUAUAAAUCCCGACCUCCUAAUCAACGCACUGCCCAGGAUACUGAGCAGGGACGUCUUGUGGAAACUGCGAUGCUUCCUCUUCCCAUCUCUCACACUUGAGACAGAAGACAUGUUACCCCACUGACCCCAAGCUGUGUCUGUGGUCAGCAACAGGCAAGAGGGACAUGGGCUUAUAGACGGGAGGUGGCCAAAUCUGUGGAGGGUAGAGGUAUGCCUCAGUUUUUCCCUCAAGGUUGGGACCGUGGUGACCAUUUGUCUCCAUGUCACUUUUCCAAGAUUAACCUUGCCCAGUAAAGAACUCUGUCA